AUGGUCCUGGAACGCGCUGUGCCGGGGCGCAAUCUCAACAACUUCCGCCACGCCGUGCGCCGAUUGGACGAGGUCUCCCUCCUCGCGCGCGGGCGCGAACGGCGGGACGCGCUUGCGCGCUGGCUGGCUGCGCUCAAAGAGCUCUCCGACAACGAUCACGCGGACGGGAUGGCCUACGCGGAGGAGUUGGCGCAGGGCGCGCAGGCGGACGGCGCACAGGGGGAGGGCGCGCAGGGGGAAGACGUUCCCGCGCACAUUCCCGGGGUGGACGCGCCCCCAGAGGCAACGUUAGGGGAAGGGGAAGGCGGAGGGAUUGGGGGAGGCACGGGAGGGGAUACCGGCGCGGGAGGAGGAGGGGGGAAAGAGGUGGGGGGGACAGGCGCGCGGAGGUUGCCGAGUCCGCGGGUGCAGGUGGGGAGUUUCAACAGUGGGCCUGGUGCGGCUAGUCCGAGGGCAAGAGCAGCGGAAGACGCUCCCAGUGUUGGAUCGGUGUUAUUCCACGAUGCGGCCAAUCCCGGCGUGCCGCUCACCUUCAGGGAUGUCUUCCUGUGCAGCAAAGCCCUUGAGAACAUCGUCGUCUCCUUUAUAAUGGAGCCACCAUCCCCCCAGGAGGAGCAGAUGCUGGCAGACAUGUUCGAUCUGUGUCUAUCAGGCGACCAUCAGCUGCACUCAUCGCUCCUCAAUGCCAUCACACAGCUCUCCAACUCCUUCUCCUCCUACUCCGAGGUCAAGAUGAGUCGGAAGGAGUUGCUGCGAAUGGCGUCUGAUGCAGUGGCAGGGCUGAAGCUCGACGCACAGCUGCAGAGGCUGGAGGCGGAGGAGGAGAGGAUAAAGCAGCUCAUGGAUGAGAAGAUGGAGACUCUUUCGCUUCGCUCCCUCUCCCGCUCGCUCUCACACUCGCUCUCCCACUCCUCUCCCCGUCCUCCUCCUUCCCCUGCUGCUGCCGCCUCUGCCGCUACUGCUCCCUCUGCUGGUGCUGCUGCCGCAGCCGCUACUGCUGCCGCUGCCGCUACCACUGCUGGUAGUGGUGGUGGUGGUGGUGGUGAUGGUGGUGGUGAUGGUGAUGCACUGUUCCUUCCUACAUCCCCUCUCUCUUCCACACCGCCAUCCCCCCCUCCCGCGCUCCCCCCCAAGUCUCCUCCUCCAACUGCAAUUUGCACUGAGGCCCAAGCCAUGGGAGACGUGCAGGCGACAGAGGCGCUGUUCUCGCUGGCAGCAGCGCUGGCGUCCGUGGUGCGGCGCAAGGAGCAGCUGCGCCACCGGGGGGACAGCGCUGCCGCUCGAAUGGUGAAGGUGGAGCGCACGAGGGAGCUAGCAGCCGAGCUGGCUAAUUUCAUGGACGACUUUGAGGCCAAGAUCGCAGAGUGCAGGCAGCAGCGGCAGGAGGCAGUGACGUACCGCACGAGCAAGGAGGAGGAGGUGAUGGAAGUAGAGAAAGGGAUCACAGACGAGCUGCAGGCGCUGCACCAGCGGCGCAGGGAGAUCGAAGAGCAGCUCAAGGAGGUGGACGAUGCGAUAGCAGCAACGACGCGGAGGCACAUCCAGAUGCAGGAGGAGAAGGAGCAGUUUGACUUGGCCAGCCAUGGGCUGCUGGGCUCGCUGGAGGCCGAGGAGGAGCAUCUGAACACGAUGCAGCAGCAGCACCAGCAGGACGCCAAGACGCUGUUCGGCUGGAUGGGCUUCCUGGAAGAUUCCUGGAAGAUGCAGCUUCUCUACAUGGAGAGCAAGGACCAGACCUUUAAGCAAUCCCUGGCGGACCUGUCGUCACGUCUGAGGACCAUAGCUGCUCCGCAUCUACUCGUGUGCAUGGGCAACAUGAGGGCAUCGCUCACAGCGCUACAAGCAGCGGCCUCUUCUCUCUCAGCCAUUGACACAACCCCGAGUGAGGACGAAGGGGGUGCAAAGCUGCUGCCAACGACUGGUGGCGAGCGCAUGAGAGCAGAAGAGAAAUACCUACAAGCAGAAUCACAGAUGAAGCGAGCAGUGGCGAUGGCAGAUAAAGCACGGGCUGAGUGGGAGCAUCUCAACUCUCUGCCCCUGUUCCCAGAGGGCAGUGACGACCCUGACCACAGGCAGCUAGCACAAGCCCUCCAAGACAUGGAAACCAUGAAGCUAGAGCUCCUAGGCUUGCCGACACCCACCCUCCUUUAUCACUCCCACCACUCCUACCACCAUCACCACCAACAACAGCAGCACUUCAACAGAUCACGUGACCAGCAGCAAUCCGCGUCGCCCUCCUCCUCAUUCUCCCCGUCUGUUUCCCUCCCUCCCACCUACCGCCGCUCCUCUCCGUCCUCCCACUGGCCCGGGGCGGCCAUGGCUGCUGGAAUGCGUUCCUUCAAUCUCGGAGCUUCUCUGUCUAAUCCUCUCUCGGGUAGUCUCAGCAACCCCAGCUCCAGUUCACGCUCUCCCCGAACCUCUGACUUUGGCCGGUCUGCCUCUGCUUCGUCUGACGGCCUGGGAAGGACAGGUUCGGACCGGACCGGCCAUCAAAUGUCGCGGCACGAGAGUCUCUUUGGUUCCAUGCUUGGUUCGGUGGGCGGUGACCAUCAGCAGGAUCGGCCGAAGCUGAGCCAGCGAAUGGCAGCAGCAGCAGCUAGGGCUGCUGCGGUGGCAGCAUCGGCUGCAGGGAACUUGAGCAGCAGUGCUGCUGCUGCAGCUGCAGGUGUGGGUGUUGGCAUUGGUGGUGGUACUGGCGGUGGUGGUGAAGACGAGUUUGGCGGGGAGAGGGAUGGAAGGGUUAGUGUUGUUCAGGAGGAUGAGUAA